AUGACUGAAAACUUCGUAGAUUUAGGGAAUUACCAUGAAGUUAUAAAUUAUCGUCACAGGAUCCAAGUAUGUCUCGAGUUACCUGAAUCACAUCCAAACUACAUGCCUGUUACACGAGACCUGUCGAAGUCCAAGCGCGAUGUUAUCUUGAAAUGGCUUAAACAGGAAAAUCCUCUUGUUGGUAAUCCAGAAAACUUGUACACAGUGGAACAACUCCGUGAAGACCUACAGAUUGCACUUCAGCUGGAACAUUCAACUAUUCCACCAUACUUAACUGCUUGGGCCUCCAUCAAGAAAAGCUACAACCAGGAGGUGAAAAAUAUCUUGAGAGACAUAGUGAUCCAAGAGAUGAUGCAUAUGGCUCUUGUUGCCAACAUAAUCAACGCUGUUGGAGGAAAACCGUCUUUUCAUUCAGAAGACUUUAUCCCCCACUACCCAUCAAGACUUCCCGGUGGUGUACACCCUGAUUUGGUAGUUCCAGUGGAGAAGAUCUCCCUUGCGUUAAUAAGGAAUAUUUUUAUGACAAUUGAGCAGCCAGAGUAUGAGCUACAAGACAAUCUGGUACAUAUUUGGGAAUAUGUUAACCGUACUAGAUCCAGUCAUUGUCGGACGAAUGACAAAGGGACAGGCUGCUUGAAAGAAGACAAGAACAACUAUCUUGGCCAUUGUCACCAUCCAUCUGAUUUGGAGGACAUCGCAAGGUCUGGUAUACGAGGUGAGCCUUGAGGACCUAUUGUUACACUGUACUUGAUUAUGAGAGGGGCACUUUCAUUUAUACAUGCACUAUGUUGGUGAGUGCCCCUUUGAAGGGUAACAUUUUUCAACAAUUUGGUUUUUAAAUCAGUCUGCUAGUGAACUUCAUGAUUUUAUCAGACGCGUUCCUACUUAGACGUUUUUACACUUAUCUAUUGGGUUCAGCCAAUUAUAUGACGUCAAAAUUACGUACCAUUGUGUCACUCUAAUAGGCUACAUUGUAGAUCUGAUAUGAAAUAAUGAUUACACUAGAAGUACGUGUAUCGCAGAACCUCGUGAAACUAAGGUUAAGGGCCGGCAGAAAAAAAAAACUAAAACCGGACUAUCAAAAAGUCGUACCCUGGACCGCUUUAUUAUUAGGCAGACUCCUUACCUUACCACUUAACUACGAUACGUAACAAAUAAUAUAAUCGGGAAAAAAAUAUUAUAAGCACGUUUCAUCAGAAACUCUGUCGGAACACGCCGUUUAAAGAUGGUAGAGCCGCACUUCAGGAAAAAUAGGCAGCGUUUUGAUUGUAUAAAGGCCAACUUUAAACUGAUUUCAUCGCAUUUGAAACGUACGUACGUGCCCCUUACUGAGACGAUAAACUCGUUUGCAAAACAAAUGCCGGUUAUCUUACCUCUGUUUCGCUCUUAUUCUGAAGCUGAUUGUCCAAAUCACUUCCUUGUUUUCUUUAAUGAACUUCUGCUAUCGAAAUUCAUCGCCAGAAUAAUUGCUUAACCGCUUCGAAAAUAUAACUUUUCGUACUAAUUCAAGCUCCAGUUGUUUCACAAACUGGUUUCAAAAGUUGAUGUUUCUUUAGCCAGGCAAUCAUAAUCGUUACACACAAAAGCUGUCACACGUUCUCCACCUUACAAAAGGUUUAGCGCCAAAAUACAGCACCAGUUGUUAAAAUACUCAGCGAUACUACACAUCAAAUGUAUAUUUUAUAAAAAGCACUUCAUUUUAAUGUCAAUGUAUUUAGCACAAGUACUAAAUGAGGACACUAUUUUCCACUGGAAACGGGACCGUCAUUUUGCGUGGUCAUCUGAGCUACGCGAAACACUCAUUAUAGGCACUAAAGUACUAAUUGGGGAUACUAUAUUGACGCGGAAACGGGACGCUGAUUUUAAGUGGCCAACCGUUAAAUGUACUUUGAAUUAAACCAACAAAUAAGGUUUUUAUUUUUAAUUUCAGGUCACCUACCUGCUGCAAUGGAACGAUCGCGUCAAGUCAUGGCAAAUAAGAAAAUGGGGAAACAGGUAUUGUGGUCGCUAGAGAAGUGAUUACUAAGAAAGAGAGCGCAAUUUCUCAAUCCUUGUUAUGUGGUAGCUUAUGUAGGAAAUCUGUUACCACCAGCUAACCUCCCUUCUUUACCACGAAGGCUGGUGAUUAUAAAAAUGGAAGGGCUCAAACACGUGACCGCUUUAAUUGGGCUCAUCAAAUACAAUAAUGUAACAUUGUCAUAGCGAAGAUAAAUUUAGAAUGUUUUAAGUACAUGGGUAUGGCUUAGGAGUCCCGCUGGGUUGAAGCAAAGCUGGCACUUGUUCUUAGUUGUAUUUGGCAAAAAUCACCCGUGUUUUCUUCUGAAAUUGACUUGUUUCUUUUAAUCUUUAUCUCAAUGUAUUCAGCUCCCUGAUAAAGAAAGUAGCAAAUUUGGACAUCACUAUAACACAAUUGGUAAUUUUUACCAUCACAUCUUGAAAGUCCUUGGAAAUUUGACAGAUUGUGGAAAUAAUAACAGCAUCUUUACAGGACACAUGAGUAAACAGGUUACAACUCGCUGGCAUCUUAAAAAGCACGAUAACAUUUCAGUCUACGACUACCACUCUGCCGUUGACGCCAUUUACACGAUUAUUGACCAGGGUGAAGGAAGCAAUCCUUGUAACCCUAUUACUAAGGAUGAACUGGGUCAAAAGGAUCUUUCACAUUACUUCAUGUUUCAAUCAAUUGCCGAGGAGAGAGGGAUUCAGGUGGUCAAGGCGAAUACAAAAACUGCUGAUGCUGCGGCUUUGGGUGAAGCGCCGAAGGUACGUUGUACGAGGCAAGAAAAUAAAGAUGGGAUAUAGGGAGGAUGGAUUGACCAAGCUUUUCUGUCUUAAGAGAAGGAAGGGUGGCAACUCUCCUUGUUCUCUUUAUGCUAGGAACGGAACCAUUGUAAGCUCAAAGCAGUUGAGCCCUUUGCCCUCAGAUUCACUUACUUAAUUCACAUCACAUUUGGAGUGUUCAGAAUAUCAUGUCCCUCUUCAGUGUAGUGCUAUCUAGCUGGUAUGUCUUUCAACUUACCAUAUUUUUUCAGAAAGAGCCAGGUUAUUCUAUCCUUUUGUGGAACCUUCAACUGCAGGAUGGGUAGCAAUGAUUCUUAUAGAUAAGACUUUACUCACAGUCGAACUGUAGCAACAUUUUCAAUCUGCGUCCUGUGAAAGAUUUUGAUGUGAGCGAAUUUUUAUGGCCGGUUUAAUCAAGAUCAUUGUUUUUUCAUCUCCCACAUCCCUAAUGUUUUACGCUCUAAAAUGAUUACUGAUGAUAAUUGUGGUUUACCCUCAAUAGCCUUGCAACGGCAGCUACUACUUCAAUGGUUCCAAGAUAAGCUUUGAUCCCGAAGGUGUUUGGCCAAUGAUUCCUAAUCCCAAGCUGUCGGAUUAUACGCCCGGCUCAAAAGCGUACAGGCAAGCUGUAUUGUUCAACAAAGCGUAUACCAAGUUGCUCAAAUCUCUGGAAAACACCUUUAACGGAAACCCUCAUGAGGGACUGGAGAAUGCUAUCGGCCUUAUGUACGGAGUUGAGCUUCAUUUGAAAAAAUUGUUACGCACGCCUGUUGACGACGAUGGUGACCCAGAUAUUGGGCCUAACGCUGGUCCAACUUUUGACUUUACACCGUAA